CCGAGCAUAAGUGCUAUUUAUUUAUAUUGUGCUUAACGGCGCACAACGCUUGACUGUUCUUGUAUGCUCACCUAUCCUCCUGUGUUUCUCCAACAAACUAAUAGCAGAAAAUGAAGUUAUGGCCCGGCUCCCGUUAGGAAUGCGCUUUUCCUGGCCCUGUCUCUUUCAGCUCCUUCAGGCUUUGGAGGCCGGGGCGGAGGGCACCUCUUGAGGGACCCUGCACAGUCCCGCCCUGGCACCUCCGGGCGGGGUGAGAGGGCGCCCUGUGACCGCGCUCGGCCCACCGCCCCUCGCCCCUUCCAGCGGCGGGGCGCGCUCGGUAGGGCAGGAUAAGGUUACGCCGAGGCUUCCUCGGUCGCGAGGGAGGGAGGCGGGUCCCAGCCCGCGCCCCCGCCCGCGGGGGAGUUCCCAGAGUUAGCCGCUCCGGCCCUCGGGGCCAUAUCCCUGCUGCCCGCCAGGCGCGGCCCGCGGGACCCCGAGAGCAACGCCAUGGCCCGGGAGAGGCCGCCCGGGAGGGGCUGCGGCGCCUUGAGCCGGUGUCUACUUGGGGCCGCGCUGCUGCUCGGCCUGCGGCUCUUCGCGGAGCUGCGGCGCGCGGGGCCCGGGUCUCCCGCCUAUAGCGCCCCGCCGGGCCCGGCCUGGCGGCCACCUGGGCCGCACCUGCCGCCCGCGCCGGGUUCGCCGCGCGGCGCCAGCAGGAGGCAGGUGAUCUACGUGCGCAGCGGGCGGCGGAUGCCGCCGGGGGGCGGCGGGAGCGGGACGCUGGAGCCGAGCUGCUGUGCCCCGCGCGGCAGCCCCCGCCGGAAGGGUCCUCGGUGGCAUAUAGAUCUCCAGCCUUGGGCAGGCCCUGCUCAGUCCCUGGAUGAAGAAGCCUGGAGGUUCCUGAGAUAUAUCAGCACCACCCAGAUUGCAUGCAAUCACAUGAAUACAGACAGCCUGGCUACUGACUCUAGUCCUACACACAAGCCCUGGUCAGUGUGUCUUGACGACAGGUUCAAUUUAGCUCAUCAAAUCCGCAACAAGCAGUGCCGCCUCUACUCCUUAGGGCUGGGAAGUGAUGACACCCACUUUGAGCUUAGCAUGGCCAACAAUGGAUGUGAAGUGCAUCGUUUUGAUCCUAGUGCCAAGUCAGCUCACAUUCUGGAGAGUCAGCACCUUUGGUAUCACCGCUUGUCCAUCGACUGGCGGGAUCCCCAUCCAGCUGUUGCUGCCCAGAAACCACACAGCAACACCAGAAAACUGGGAAGCAUUUUGAAUGAAUUUGGGCAUCACAAGAUUGAUGUUCUCAAGGCAGAUCUGGAAAGUGCAGAAUGGAAAGUUCUGGAAAAUCUUAUUCUGGAAGAUGUUCUUGAGCAGAUUGGACAGCUCAUCUUUGAGAUCCAUCUCCACUGGCCUGGGUUUGAGGUCAGUGGCAGCGACAGCAGCGUCGUGCGGUUCUGGUACAGCCUUCUCAAAGAGUUAGAACAAAAGGAUUUCAGGCUUUUUUAUAGUUACAAAGAUUUAUCUAAACCUCAGCUAUUCCUGAAGAAAGACAUUUUCAAUGCAAGUAGCUGUUAUACUCUGAGUUGGGUGAACACAAGAUGGAAAUAGGAUGCAGGAUGUCAUCAAGAUCGCAAGAAAAUAUUUGCAGAAUGGAGCAUGUCCACGAUUCUAAUCGUGAGUGUACUCGUCCAGUCUCCUGCUAGCCCAUGCCCUGCUUGAGGCAGGGAGUAUGUUAUUAUCUUUGCAGUACAUGAAGCCUGGUGCUUGGCAUGUGUUAGGGUACAGCUGAUACUUGCCAAAGAAAUGAACACAGUCACCCCCAUUUGCCCAGACUCUUCCUUCACUUUAACUUGGAAGAUGAUCCCCCACUCAUGUCAGUUUUUCCUAAAAUUCUCUAUGUAUCUAUAAUCUAUGAAUUCACCAACAUUGAAAUGAAAUUAUAUAAAUUUCCUGUUUUUACUAGGUUGGUGAGAUUUUUAAGUUUUUUGCCUACUGUUUAAAAUAGGGCUUUAAAUUUGAAUUUGACUGUCCUUUUUCAAAGUUUUUCUUAUUUACCUUGUCAAUGAUAUUCUUUACAAUCUCAUAGAUUUCAGUCAUACCUUCUCAGCCUUUGCUGAGGCCAUGGUGUGGCUUUGUAAGUAGCAAUACUUCUGAUUUCUGGGAACUCAAAGCAUCAAAUUCUGUCACUGAGUUAAAGAGACUAGACUAUUAAGAGCUUCAACUCGAAGGUGUAAAUUCCAGUUUGAGACAAAGUCUCAAGGCAGGAGACCCAUCUCCCAGCUUGAAGACAGCCAGACAGAGAAUGAAUUCUUCCUUUCUCUGCCCUAGGUUCUAUUCAGGCCUUCAACCAGUUGAAGGUCCACUCAUUGAGGCGAAGAAUCUGCUUUAUUCAGUCUACUGAUUUAAAUAUUAAUCUCAUCCAGAAAUAUCCUCACAGAUAUACCUAGAAUAAUGUUUAAUUAAAGAUCUGGACACCCUUUAGUCCAGGUAAGUUGACACAUGAAAUUAACCAUUAUAGGUAUGUAGAUAGAUAGAUAGUUUGAUAGAUAGAUAGAUAGAUAGAUUUUCCUACUGGCAUGUUUCACCAUUUUCUUGACUCACAUAUUCUUUUUCCCAUCUUGAUCCUUCAGUCUGUGCUUUCCUAGCUGAAGUAAGGCCUUUAAUGAUUACUUUAUUAUGAGUUCAUAGGUGAUAUGGUUUGGCUAUGUCCCCAACCAAAUUUCAUCUUGAACUGUAGUUCCCAUAAUCCCCACGUGUUGUGGGAGGGAUUCUGUGGGAGGUAAUUGAAUCAUGGGGUGGUUUCCCCCAUGCUAUUCUCAUGAUACUGAGUAAGUUCUCAUGAGAUCUGAUGGUUUUAUAAGGGGCAUCCCCCUUCGCUUGGCUCUCAUUCUGCUCCUUCCUGCUGCUAUGUGAAGAAGAAUGUGUUUGCUUCCCCUUCCACCAUGACUGUAAGUUUCCUGAGGCCUCCUCAGCCAUGCUAAACUGUGAGUCAAUUACAUCUCUUUCCUUUAUAAAUUACUCAGUCUCAGGUAUAUCUUCAUAGCAGUGUGAGAAUGGACUAAUACAAUGGGUAUUAUGCUUUUUAGAUUUUACGUAUAUGAAAAAGCACUUGCUUUUCAUACCUGAAUAAAAUUUAUUUGUGCACAGAAAAAAAAGAACUUCAACUCAAGAUGCUUUUCAUACUCAACCUUAAUUCCCCUUCACUUCCUAUUAAACUAAGCACAGAGCAGAAUCUGGGUGUCUUUGCUGUUGCCUCUUCUGUCUUCAAGCAUGAUUUUCCACCCACAGACUUGCCUAUGCUGUCAAAUCGUUUUUUAAAAAUACAUUAUCUCUAAUAAUGUUAAGUGCAUUUUUCUUUACUUCCAGUUGGCAUCACUUACACAAUUGUGGUCUGAGGACCUCAUCUCACUUUCCUAGGUUAGUUAGUUUUUCAAUAGCACUAAGCCUUUCUACAUUAAAAAUUAAGUGGAAAGUUUAGGUUCUCGGUGGUUCAAAUGCUUUCUCUCAUUACUAGUUACAGGAUUAAACACGUGCAUAAUUUUCUAAAAUCCUAUUUCAAAUAAAUAGCAUAAAAACCAAAUUAUUACCUUAUUGUCAAUUAAAUAUAUUUUUGGCAUUUUUAUAACCUGAGAGAGUAUCAAACUGUAUGUACAGUGUUCAAAAAUUGGGGGAGGCAGAAUACUGAUUAUUACUAGACUUUACCCCUUUAUCUAAUUUUGUACUUCCUUCUAUCCUCGACAUUCCCCAGGUUGGCUCCUUGUUCCUUGAAGUGGUUUGAAAAUGCCAUUCCUCAACUGAGAAAUCAAAUUAUGUUAGACUAGGAUGACCUUACUAGCUUGAGUUGAAAAGAGAACAGGACUUUCUGAGUUAGUUGUGAUAACUUAAAAAAUAUAUAGACCUUUAUUUUAAGAUUCAUAGUCCACUGAUAAAAGUUGUUGAGCUGAGAGGACCGGCUUGAGUAAGUGUGAUCUGAAAAGGCAGUUAGUCAUUUCAGUGUACAGAGGUAUUUCAAAUGUGCAGAAGGGUCCACACACACUCUAAAUUUGUUUGUACUGUUAGUUUAUAUGGUGUUGUCUCCAAAGCAAAGCUAACUUUACCCCAAUUCUGUUUAGAUUAUAUAACAGAUUUAUUUUCAUAAAAUUUUUGUAUGCUGAAAUAUAUAAACAUUUUUAUAUAUUAAAGCGUAGAAAGUGUACUCAUCUUAAAUGUCCAGUCUGAUCAGCUUUUAGAUAUGUAACACCCCCAUAUUAAGAUUUUUAAUUCAUGGAAUUGGAGAUUUAGGGCAUUACCGAAAGCCCCCUUUGUCUACAGCAAGUUAACCAUUUAUUUCAGGUUGGUGGUGUCACACAUGGACUUCAUCACGCUAUCUAUAUCUGAAGUAAGAAUGAAUGUACUGUUAAAAAAGAAUAAAUAACAAACGUACCCACCCACACUCACUGACAGGCAGCCUGUUUAAUAGUUAUUGAUACUUAUUUUAUGCUUAUGUCUAAAAUGGUCCUUCAUUGCCUUCAUGGAUAGCUUGAAAUCUAUGAUGAAUAUUCUGACAGUUGUUAAGGUUUCCCUGCCUCUAGAAUUUAUUACGUUUAUCAUGUAGGCCAGGGUUUCUUAACCUCAGCACCAGUGCCAUUUGGGCUGGCUAAUUCUUUAUUGGGGGAGGGCUGUUCUGGGCAUUGUAGGAUAUGUCCCUGUGGGGGCAAAAUCACCCACUGCCGGUGCAGGCCAUGAGAAAGGGACCAGGCUACUGUAGCACUGUUUGCUUGUGAACAGGCAAACACAAGAUCCUCUUAUGAGGAACAGGCAAAACCGUAAUCAUCACCACCGCAACCACCACAAGAGCAACACAAACAACACACAAGGAAACAAAGUCAAAAGUAACUCUGUACUAAGAGCUUACUGUCUGUCAGACCAUGUGCAUAGCUUAUUCCUAAUUCCCCCAACAAGGAAGUACAUUUUUUCCCCCAAUACUGUGGGUAAAGAAACUCUGAGAGGGGUCGGGCGUGGUGGCUCACGCCUGUGAUCCCAGCGCUUUGGGAGGCUGAAGUGGGCAGAUCACAAGGUCAGGAGAUCAAGACCAUCCUGUCUAACAUGGUGAAAACCUGUCUCUACUAACAAUGCUAAAAAAUAUUAGCUGGGCAGGGUGGCACGCACCCGAAAUCCCAGCCACUUGGGAGGCUGAGGCAGGAGAAUUGCUUGAAUCUGGGAGGCAGAGGUUGCAGUGAGCCGAGAUUGUGCCACUGCACUCCAGCCUGGGCAACAGAGUGAGACUCUGUCUCAAAUAAAAAAAGAGAAACUUUGAGAGGUUAAAUGGCUUAUUCAGAUUACUCAAGUUGUAGAUGGAGGAACAAUCAUUUACAUUUCUGUCUGUCAGAUCCCAAAAAGUCUGUGUUUGGUCCCAUCCACAAUGCUGCUUCCACAGCCUGUACCAAACAUCAGAUGCUUUGUCCAAAAGACACAUUUUUGCCUCCCUAUUAGUAAAAGGUGGGAGAAAAAACUACAAAUAGUAAAGACCUGCAAGUUUGAGGCAGAAUCAUUUUGUAGCAUUCAGGUUUGCUGAACUUAAAUCAUCUACUUGAUAUGCCUGCCAGAUGGAAGCUCACUGAAGAAAUAUGGAGACAACAACUUCCCUAUCAAUAUAUUUAGGCUGCCAGGAAAGCUCUUGCAGGCCUGGAAGUGACUCUUCUUCUGGCUUGUCCCAAUACUUGUCACUUUCUGCCUGGGUUUUAGAAAUGGCAGUCACUUGGAGUUGCUUAAGCAAAGUAAUUAUUUUUUGCUUAAAACUAGUCUUUGACUUGCAGAUAAAUGAGCUAAGAUGUGAAUCUCUGUGACAUGCAUCUCCUUAAUUUUUACUAGAGCAGUGUUCAUAAGUGAUUCUGAAAAUACACAUUUGAUAAUGCUCUUAUCAAAUGAGUAACAAUGCUCUUUUGUAGGUGUAAGAUAUAUGAGGAUGGAAGAGAUUCACAAGUUGCCUUUUAGCAUAAACUCUGUGUCAUAAUUUGUCAAAGAAAAAUAAUUUUCACCUUCCUUAUUUCUUACAGUGCUUGUAUUGAUGCAGUUAUAAUAUAAAAGGUUAUCAUAUAAAUAUUUGUAACUACUUGACAUGUUCAACUGAAGAGCUAGGGAGAAGUGAACAAAUUUCUACUAGAAUUGACUGAAGGUCCAAAUUUACCUCAGGAUAAGGCAUAAACAAACUCAUGGGUUUACAGUAUUUAGUCCAAAUCAGUUAUUCAUGUGAGCAUUUCUGCCUUGGUUAUACGAUCUUUUAGUAAGUAUAAGAAUUGCAUUUCUUAAGUAUUAAAUGUUUGGAUUCUGCAAAGCUUGGAUUAGUCCCAGGAAGCCAUGCUUAUCAUAUUUUGCCAGUGUAAAAAUGAUGACCUCAUUUAAAUAGAUCAUUCUACUUAACAAUACAACAGUAACUCCAAGCUCAAUUAGUGUAAUUGUUCUUUUCUGGUGGAGAUAAAUUUAUGUUUGAUUCUUAAGCAGUAACGUAAUUCUUUUUGAACUAGCCAAUUGCAGAUACUUUGUGGAUUCAAUAAUACAUUUAACCUUAUGUUAAAAUGUCUUACUUUUUCUUACAUUGAAAGAGGUACUUGAACUUAUCAGAUAAAACUGUAACCCAAAGAUUUAAUAUAUUCCUAAAACUGCUUACAUUUAGAGAUUAUUGAAAUUCUUUAAAUGAUUUGAUGGCAUUUCUUAAGAAAUAUAAAUCAAGCAUUCUUAAUGUCACACUUUAUAACUGUAUGGAGGCGGGGUGCAGUGGCAUAUGCCUGUACUUCCAGCUAUGUGGGAGGACCAUGGGAGUACAGGAGUUUGAGACCUGCCUGGGGACCAUAGUGAGACUCCAUCUUAAAAAAAAAAAAAAAAAAGAACUAUGUGGAAAAAUGGUUCUCAACACAUUAAAUUUAAUGCUUUCUUAAAACCAGCAACGUCUUGUUUUUCUCAGAUAGACUAUUUUACCUAUUUCUUAGUGAUUAGUUUUGUACAAUAUGGCUAUCUGAAAUAAUAAGGGAUUUAAAUUUGGGGGAUCCAAUUUGACUAAAUUAUUCAACACUAGACUGGAGAAUUUCAGUACAGAAACCAAAUGUGCAGAGGACUGAUAUCUAAUCAGUAUGUACCAGUAGAGAAGAGCUAUUGUGCAACAUGGUGAUUAGAGUUAAUAGCAAUGUAUCAUAUAUUGGAAAAUUGCCGAGAGUAGAUUUAAAAUAUUCUCACCACAGAAAAUAAGUAUUUGAGGUAAUAGAUGUGUCAAUUAGUUGACUUAGUAUUCCACAAUUAUACAUAUAACAAAAUAGCACGUGUGUGCCAUACAUAUAUACAAUUUAUUUGUCAACUAAAAAAAAAGUAUGUCCUUUGGAAUAUAUUGGACAUAUUUAUACUUUUUAAAGAAAGUACCAGUAGAGAUAUAGUGGUUCCCCAAUGGUCCCGCUCCACUGGAGACACUCUCACAGGAUGCCUAGGCCUUUCUGCAUGACUGGGCAAUUAAAGGCUAACGCACAGCACAAAAGGCAGCUUCUGGGAUCCUGACCCAGCACUGUGGCUUGCUUCUGUUCUAACUAACUGGCCUGUCUUCUGCCUUAUUUGCCGUUGGAUAUUUUGAGUAUCACUCCUGGGUGGAUCUAUAAAAUAAAGGUCCAACUGUGUUCUAUAACAUAAUUGAAUGAGACAGUUCAAUUAUGUACCAAUAAAAAUAAUCAAUUAUCUGUACAAGAAAAUAUUAUUUCUCAAGGUUUAAUGUCAGAUCAAACAUAAUUUUCUCAGGGACCCCUCUUAUUUAAGGCUCCUUGCUAUGUGUCCCCACAACGUCCUCUAUUCCUAUCUUAACACUCUCUGUACUUUCUCUGUUUGUAUAAUGUAUGGUUUUCCCAAAAGACUGUACACUCCAUGAGGGCAAGGGCUGCAUCUGUGGCCCCAGUGCCUAGCAUGAAACCUGCUAGGUAAAAAGGGCUCAAUAAAUUUCUGUUGAAUAUAAAUUUAAAAAGCUAUUUCCAUAUAAUUUUUUCUGUAAAAUUAUUUCAUUUGUUAUUGAAGUUUUUUUCUGGCAUUAAAAAUAGCUUUGAAAUUUA